AGAAGAGGUAAGUAAAAUAAUAAAGCAGCUCCCUUUCUCUCUCUGCUUCCUUGUGUGUGUCUGUGUGUCAUUCACAUCUCCCUCCUCUCUUCUUCACCAUUAGAGGAGAGAAAACACACUUUCAAAUAUAUAUAUAAGUAUAACUCAUCCAACAACUCCAUUUUUAUCUUCUUCGUAAAGGAAACAACGACGUUUACUCCAAGAUACUGUUCCUCAAUCUGCAUUCUUUUCCAAUCGAUCUAAAUUUGGUUUCUGUGCUGAGAUUGGCUUUCUGGGUGUUGCUGAUUGCAAAUUGCUGUUGACAAGCUGAGAUCUUAAGGUGCUUUUGCAGUAGCUGAGAUUUUUCGAGGUUUUUGUCUGUUCGUGAGUAGAAGAAUUUGGAUGGUCGCCGAUGUAAGGGUUUCGUUUCCGCUAUGAACACCAAGCGCGCCUACAAGCUCCAGGAAUUUGUGGCACAUUCUGCUGCUGUUAAUUGUCUUAAGAUUGGGAGGAAGUCCUCCAGGGUUCUCGUUACAGGCGGAGAAGAUCACAAGGUUAAUCUAUGGGCUAUUGGUAAGCCCAACGCCAUCCUGAGCUUGUAUGGGCACUCUAGCGGGAUUGAUUCAGUAACAUUUGAUGCUUCGGAAGGCUUAGUAGCAGCAGGAGCUGCUAGUGGUACAAUUAAACUUUGGGAUCUGGAGGAAGCAAAGGUUGUCAGAACUCUCACUGGUCACAGGUCAAACUGCGUAUCCGUGAAUUUUCACCCUUUUGGUGAGUUUUUUGCUUCUGGUUCUCUAGACACAAAUCUCAAGAUAUGGGAUAUAAGAAAGAAGGGCUGCAUCCAUACUUACAAGGGUCACACUAGAGGGGUCAACGUACUCAGAUUCACUCCAGAUGGUCGUUGGAUUGUAUCUGGAGGAGAAGAUAAUGUUGUCAAGGUGUGGGAUUUGACUGCUGGAAAACUUUUGCAUGAGUUUAAGAGUCAUGAAGGGAAAAUUCAGAGUCUAGAUUUUCAUCCCCAUGAAUUUCUGCUGGCAACAGGUUCAGCUGAUAAGACUGUAAAAUUCUGGGACCUUGAAACAUUCGAGCUUAUUGGUUCUGGUGGAACUGAGACUACUGGGGUCCGUUGCCUAACCUUUAAUCCAGAUGGAAAGAGUGUGCUUUGUGGAUUGCAAGAAAGUCUUAAAAUUUUCUCAUGGGAGCCAAUAAGAUGUCAUGAUGGAGUGGAUGUUGGAUGGUCAAACUUGUCGGAUAUGAAUGUUCACGAGGGAAAGCUUCUCGGUUGCUCAUACAAUCAAAAUUGUGUAGGCGUUUGGGUUGUAGACCUCUCGCGCACUGAGCCUAUGAGUGGAGGCGCCACUCAGUCAAAUUCUCAUCCAGAGAAAACAUCAGGCUCAGGCAGAGAUCAAGCAGGUCUGAACGAUAACAGCUCAAAGGUUAUUCUCGGAAAGUUGCCUGGUUCCCAGAAAGUGGAUCCUUUAUUGAAGGAAACAAAGUCUCUUGGAAAAUUAUCAGUUUCUCAAAACUCGGAUCCGUUGCCAAAAGAUACAAAGUCUACUGGAAGGUCAUCAGUAUCUCAAAGUUCAGAUCCUUUGGUAAAGGAACCAAAGCCUCUCGGAAGGUUUUCAGCUACUCACAGCUCAGACACAGUAAAAGAGUCAAGAACCCUGUCAUCCACAGGAAGUGUAUCAGACUCUCCUCACAGGGUUACUUUGACCAGUGCUCCAAAAAGUGCUUCUGGUAUUUCUACAGUUGUCCCUAAUGCUGCAGCCUCAAAGAGAAAUUUUGGAAAAGCUAACCCAAAGGCGAAUCCUCCAGUAGUCAAUAAAGAGGAUUAUUUUCCAGUAAUCGUCCCCAGAACGGAGCCAAUAAUUGAGCAGGCAUCUGAAUCCAGAGCAGAACUUGACAUUAUCGGAAGAACUAUGCCAUAUUCGCUGCAGUCAAAGGCCGCUGAUUCUCGAAGGCUGUCGAGCAGCAGAAAUGAGCCAGAUCUACCAACCAGUUCGCUUCUUGAAAGGUCUCAGUCUCAACCUAUAGAACCAAUCACUUUACAAGAUGGGAAUACAUAUCCUAGUGACGAAGGUGGCUCCUGGGAUACAGCUGAGAGAACAAAUAAAGAGAGCAAAUGCAGGGUAUUUGGAAGGUUUAAUUCAAGAUCACUGGUGAGAUCACCUCCGAGAAAUCACGACGAAAACUCUGACUUGAUUAGCUAUAAUGCAAAUAGAGAUUCAAGUCCUACUGAAAGCCGAAAAGGAGGAAGACUGCAUUCCCUCGUUCUAAAUAGGGAAAGAAGAGGAAGAUUUUCUAACUUUGAGGGUCCUGUUUCGAGUUCUUCUGGUGGAAAUAUGACUGCACCAAACAGUCGCCCUUCCAAUAUGCUCAAGCAGAGAGGAAAUCAUGUGCCAGUUGAUCAAGGAAUCACUUCAGCUAGCGAAGAAGAUAUAGUUGCAGACAUAAUGGGGCAACACGAUCAAUUUGUCAGCUCUAUGCACUCUCGUUUGGCUAAGUUACAGGUCGUCCGUAGAUAUUGGGAAAGAAAUGAUAUUAAAAACUCGAUAAGUUCAAUAGAGAAGAUGGCUGAUAAUGCUGUAAUUGCGGAUGUACUACUUAUAGUAAACGAGAGACCUGAGAUUUUGACACUGGAUACCUGUACCUCUCUUCUCCCCCUUUUGACAGCUCUUCUAGGGAGCAACAUGGAUAGUCAUUUGAGUGUCUGCCUUGAUUUGCUGCUUAAGCUGGUAAGAAUGUAUGGGUCACAAAUUUACUCGUCGCUUUCCGCUCCCUCAUCUGUUGGUGUAGAUAUUGAGGCUGAGCAAAGGAUGGAGCGGUACAGUUGUUGCUUUGUCGAGUUCGAGAAAAUCAAGGCUUGCCUUCCCUCUUUAGCAAGAAGAGGAAAUUUGGUGGCCAAGACUCUCCAUGAACUCAACUUAACAUUUCAAGAAGUUUCAUCGUGAUACUUUUUGGAUGUGGAUUUGGUUCCAAUGUGGAGUUUAACAGUACUAAAGCCUAACUCUACCAAGCUAACCAAUAGAGUCUAUGGAAGACUAACUAACCCUCGCGUAUUGCGUAUGGCCACUGCUCGGGUCCGUAACCUUUGCCUUGCGUAUGGAUACGGUACUGUCUCUCGUUUCAAGCUAACUUGGUGUGUAAAGAGCCAUUUCGGUUGUUGUAUUGAUCUAGGUUAUCAUUUCUUCCACACUGUUUAGCUAUUUGUUCUUAAGAGCACAAAAAAGAAGCCUAUAUUUAACAAAACUGUUUUGUAGAAGAUUCAGAUCUUGAAGUACUUAUACCCAAAAUCAGGAUUUGUCAUUCCCUCU